AUGGAUGAGAUUUACAUAAAUCGUACGAUAAGGCCGUUUGAUGUGUUGUUUCACAGGGAAUGGUUCGCCCAGAACUGGCAUUUGUCUGUUUACGCCAGUGUUGUGUAUAUCAUAUGUGUGGCCAACGGACAGAAGUGGAUGAAGUGUCGCAAAGCCUAUCGACUGAAGAAUGUGAUGCUCUUCUGGAAUAUAAGUCUUUCUUUGUUUUCACUCUGCGGUACCUCAAAGUUGUUGCCGGAAUUGAUCUCUUCUGUGAUGAACAAAGGUUUCUAUCACUCGAUAUGCAACAACUCAUUCAAGAAGAGUUGGCAAAUAGAGUACUGGAUUUGGCUCUUCACGUGGUCUAAACCUCUCGAGUUUGGCGACACUUUGUUCAUUAUUUUACGCAAACAGAAACUUAUUUUCUUGCACUGGACUCACCAUAUAAUCACAUUUAUCUACUGUUUCUUCGUCUACAGUGACUUACCGGCAAUUACUCGGUGGGGUAUUACACUUAACUAUGCCAUCCAUGCAAUCAUGUAUUUCUACUACGCUCUCAAAGUUAUUAAGAUAUCGGUUCCCACAUCGGCUGCAAAAUUUAUUACAUCCGUACAAACCUUACAGAUGUUUAUCGGCAUAAUUACGAGUACCUGUGCUUUAUAUUAUGUGGUCAAUGGUUAUAAUUGUGACGGCAGUUUUAGUUUAGAAGAGUCAAACCCAUUGAAAUCCGGAGGCAAGACAUCUGAGGCCAGAUGUGGUUCGCGUCGUCGCAGUCGCCGAUCAGGUGGUCGUCGCGGACGAAAAGUUCGUUACAGAGCUGUCAAAAGGUUUCUUAUGAUUGAAUUAGAAGAAAGAGGUGGCAAAGGAUCGAAAAGAAGUAAAAGAGAAGGAAGAAGAAGCAGAAGUGGUCGCAGAAGAAGAAGAAGUAAAAGAGGUCAUUAA